GCUUCAUUUGUGUGCCAGGAGGAACAGGCAAGAACGAGCCAGCGGGCGAGUGAUUGAAAGGCAGCUCCAGCUGAGAGGGUCAAAGUUGAGAUUGAUCAUGUCUGCUGAGGAGAGCGGAGAGGAGCCAUACUUCAUCGGGAGGAAGGAGGAUAUUAUCCAGGCCAAGCGAGUGACAAAGUUUUUGAAUGGAAGGGAUAUCCUGGUUGUCCACCAUGAUGGAAAGUUCUACGCCAUGGACGAACACUGCUAUCAUGCUGGAAGUUCCUUAGAAAAUGGAGAUAUUGAGGAAUUCAACAACAAAUUGUGCAUUGUGUGUCCCAAGCACAAGUACAAGAUCACACUGGCAGAGGGGGAGGGCAUAUACAAAGCUACAAACCCCAAAGAAAAGAACUCUGCUGCCAGGUGGUUCUCCAAGGGGAUAAAGCAGAGGGUCCACACAGUGAUGGAGGUCAACGGAGACAUCUUUGUCAAGAUAUCUGAAGUGUGCAGGUUUAUUGAGUCCGACUACUACCAGACUGAGGAGUUCCGGCAAGAAAAAAGUGCAUGUGUUUCUGAUGAGUCUCAGAGCUGACCGAAACCCACUCAUACACACACACAUACAAUGGGGAGUAAUGUGCCUAGAUCUAGGGCUGACCUUCGGGAAAAUGGGGGAAGGAGGGGGCAGCUCUGUGAGUGUGCUGAUUCAACUUCUGAAGGAGGCACUGGAGAUCCAGCAUGAAUAUGAAACGUGAACAAAAUCUCCAUCUCUAACUGCAAACUCCCGAUCCCUGGGUCUCUUCAGAUGUUGAACCAACAAUCCUUCAAGUGUAGGUGUGUCAGAUUUGGAUCGAAGGCCAUUCUUGGUCUUUUGAAUGAAAUCAUAGCAAUCUUACAUGCACUUAGUAAGUUCAAUAUUUGACAAGGAGGAGUCUGUGUGCACAUGUGCUGUAGUAUUCCUUCAGC